GCCAAACACAUUCCUGAAAAAUCCCUGUAAGGAAAUGAUACUUUCGGUUUUGUCAUUCAUAUCUCACUAAACGCCAAGUGGUUUACGAAAUUUAAACAACCAGAUUGAAAAACCAAUGCAGAACUUUUACAAUGUUCAGAUGCUUCAAUCUUCUUCUGCUGCUGUUUUGUCUGGUUUAUCACAGCGAAACCUCCACUAUAUCUGUGUCUGGAAAAAAGGGAGGAAACAUCAGACUCAGAUGUGAACAUGAGGACAAUAAUAUUGUUCAGAUUGAUUUAUUCAAGCAGCCAGACAACAUAUCAAGACUCAUAUCUGUGUGUGAGACUGAAGAAUGUAGUGGACGAGUGUUUAAAGAAGGAAACUGUGACGUCGUCAUCAAGAAUCUGAUCUUCAGUGACGCUGGGAAUUACACUUUGGAUAUCUAUUACAAUAAUGAUCAGACAGAGCUGAAGCCAAAUAAUGAUCGGAUAGUGCCGAUUGAACAAAAGAAGUGGACGUACCGACUUCAUAUUGAUGAUGAGAUUUCUGUGAAAACAGGCGAGGAGCUAAAGAUGUCUGUUCUGGUGUCUGAUGCUGAUAAAGUGAAGACAAACUCUAGUGGAGAGUGGAAGGAGGUUUGGACGAGAGAUCACGGGGUUCAGAGCGACCGAAUGAAUGAUGAUAAUGAUGGAAACCUGAUCAUUAAAUCAUUUCUGGACAGUGAUGCAGGAACAUACAGAGUUCUGGACACUGAAGGAGAAAUCUUGAUCACAGUCUCAAUCACAGAAUCAGGUAGAAAAUCACCGAAAAAAAUGGACGACACUGAACAACACAAGAACUGGAUUGUACCAGUUGUCGUGUGUUUGGUGAUUCUAGCUGUGAUUGUUAUUUCUGUCUUCAUAUGGAGACGUCAGCACAGAGGUCACACACAGGUUCAGCAGACGAGACACAGGAACUAGCAGUUGAUGACGUGACGCACUGAAAGUUCUAAUCACACCGGUGUGAUCGUACGCUUCAGGAUCCAGCCAAGACUGAUUAUACUGGUGUGAUCGUACGUGUCAAAGGGUUAACAAGUUUAUUGGUUUAUUUCGACAGUCCUUCCACAAUUUAGUUAACAAACCUAAAAUAGGUGAGAGAAGCAGCUAAAUAUCUUUUCAUAUUUUCAUGACAACCAACACAAGGAUUUGUGACUCAGCAAGAAUGGUCUUCAAAUUGGAUAGAUAGAUGAUUCUUUCUCCCGCCUACUGGCAUAACGUCAGAGAAUGUUCUGGUAUUGUCAAGCCAUUCAGUGCCAAGACGACUCUGUCAACAGCUGCUGGGGAGAUAUGUAUGUUUAAAAAAAAUAUAGUUGUUGAUUUAAUGAUGUGUGAGCUGACAUUAUUAAGAUAUUCCACGAUUCACUGUGUGAUGAAGUCUAGUAGAAAGCAGUUAGUAUUAUCUGAGAUCAUCAGAGAUAAAGAUGAUCAUCUUCAUGUUGAUUAGCACUGAUCGUUCACUCUGAGAUCAGCAGAAUAUGAAUAUGAUCCUCACAGUAUAACAGAGUAACUGAUCUCCUGAUUGUUCUGUCAUUUCUAUGUAUUUCUAUGUAUGUUUUGAACACAUCUGUUGAAAUAUGUGUCAAUGCGAGGAAGAGGACACACAAAGUUUCUUUCCAUUUGAAACAUCUUCAGAGUUUUUUCUUGCUUCUGUUGUCUGUUACUAUUCUUUGUGCCAUAGUUCAAUUAGGACAUUUCAGUCAUUUUUAUAAACGUGCCUCAGGAAAAAACAUUACUGGUGUACUUUGAGACAAAACAAAGGCAUUGAUAUAUUUUAAGAUCAGUUCAUUGCAAGUUUCUUUCAGCUGAAACAGCUCAGACUUACAUUUUAGUCCAGGACUAGUCUUAAGUCUCGUCUGUGAAUCCAGAGGAGUGAGUGUUAAUGUGAGACUGAUGUAUAACUGUGGUCUAUGUCACAGACAAUAUUUCAAUUCAUGUUACAACAUGUAAAGAAAGAAGAGACAUGAUUUAUAUUUGAACAUUUUUGUAAAGUGCUUUUAUGUAAUAUGAUAAACAUUAAUAAUGAAUCAAAAGCAUCUUCAGGAUGCUGUUCAUAGAGUUUACAGUAUGUUGUAUGAAACCUGGAAUAUUUACAUCUGAACUGUUGUCAAAUGUCUUACAAGCUAAUAAACCACAUUCAGUAUUAAAAACUACA